GACGGCAGUACCGGUGGUGGUUGUGUCGGUAGUGGUCGUGGUGGUGGUGCUGGUGCGGGGGUGGUGGUGGUAGUGUUAGUGCUACUGGCAGAAGCAGCACGUGAACGCUCGGCGGACACGAUAAAAAGAUGCGGUGAAUCGUCCUUCUGCCAUCACAUCGAAAACGCAUCGAAGGCUUUCUCGUUGCGACUACUCCAGAUAGAGGGAGCUUAAAGAGGAUCGACAUUGAGAUUGGAUACAGGUGCGUACCGACGGAGCCGUCCCAAGAGGGGAUGAGCGAAAACGUUCAGACACUAACUUCAAACGAACGUGGAACGCUGCGACGGUGGUAUUAAGUGUGCAGUGAUCACGGGUGACCGAGGGAAGACGGGAAAGAAGGUGGUCAAUAUGACUCCUAUCUUCCUCGUCCUGUUGGUGGCACUCGACCCGAUUAUCGCGCAGAUUGGUGAUCCACCGACGUUCCUGGUGAGGCCGCAAUCGCAGCAGGUGAAGGCAGGCGGAGUAGCGAGCUUCUACUGCACGGCGGAGGGUACGCCGCCGCCCAAGAUCCACUGGAGGAAGAACGGAAAGAAAAUUACCGAUGCACAGGCACGGUACAUGGUGCAGAACUACACAAACGGAGCUGCACUACGGAUCGAACCUGUCAGGCCAGGUACGCGACAACAACCGUUCCGCGACAACGCCCUGUACGAGUGUCUGGCCGAGAAUGGAGUUGGUGACGCAGUGUCAGCCGAGGCGCAGCUCAAAGUCUACGAAACGGAAAAACUGCCAAACGGAUUCCCGAUGAUAUCUCAAGCACCGACGUCGAAGGUGAUCGAAGUGGGCCAUAACACGAUGUUGAUCUGCACGGCUGUCGGUUCACCGCCCCCGAUCAUAUCCUGGGUACGAAACGGUCUGCCCAUCGACACGACCAAUCCACGUUACACGGUUUUGGGGACCGGCGAGCUGCAGAUUACUGCAUCCGAGGAGAUGGAUCAAGGAAAAUACGAGUGCGUGGCGAACAAUUCUGUCGGCACCGAGUACUCCAAAACGGCCAUGUUAUACGUGAAGGUUCGCCGCGUCCCACCUUCGUUCUCCAUUCCACCACCUGCCAUGAAAAAAGUAACGCUGGGCUCGUCUUUGAACUUGACCUGCGUGGCAGCCGGUGCUCCUAUGCCCUUCGUCAAGUGGAGAAAGGAGCCAGCGACUGAUUUAACGCCGGACGACAAACUGCCGAUCGGAAAGAACGUUCUUGUGCUCACCAACGUCCAAGAGUCAGCCAACUACACGUGCAAGGCCGUCACCUAUCUCGGGGUGAUAGAAGCUACCACGAUGGUGAAAGUUCAAUCUCUGCCAAGCGCUCCGGAAAACGUUCAAGUCUCCGACAUCACCGCGACGUCCGUGAAGCUCACAUGGUCGUACAAAGGUACCGACGAGCUGCUCUACUACGUGAUUCAGCACAAACCGAAGCACGUGAAUCAGGCAUUCGCCGAGAUAUCGGGCAUCACGACGAUGUACUACCUGGUCCGGAGUCUCAGCCCCUACACGGAGUACGAGCUCUACGUGAUAGCCGUGAACGCCAACGGGCGUAGUCCCCCAAGUGCCCCGGCGAUAGUCACCACUGGCGAGACGACGGAAUCGACAAAUGGAGGUGCCAAACCUGGUACUGCGCCGCGCAAGGUUCAGGCCCGACCAUUGAGUUCCAGCACGGUGGUCAUACAGUGGAACGAGCCAGAGACACCGAACGGUCAAGUGACGGGAUAUAAAGUAUACUACACGACGGAUUGGAAUCAACCAAUGGCGUCCUGGGAAUAUCAGAUGGUGGACAACAAUCAGCUAACCACCCUGUCGGAUCUAACGCCGUACAUGAUCUAUACAAUCCGAGUGCAAGCGCUGACGAGCGUCGGUCCCGGUCCUCUGAGCCUGCCCGUUCAAGUAAAGACGCAACAAGGGGUACCGAGUCAACCGGAAAUGUUGACGGCGGUAGAAAUCGGGGAGACCAAAGUAGUACUCCAAUGGAGUAAGCCAGCUCUUAGCGCGGAAAAUAUCCUCAGCUAUGAGCUAUAUUGGAACGAUACUUACGCAAAGGAGAAGCAUCAUCGAAGGAUACCCGUCGCCCAAAACUACACGCUGAUGAAUCUCUAUCCGAACACGCUGUACUACGUUUGGCUGGCCGCGAGAAGUCAGAGGGGGGAGGGAGCAACGACGAUACCAUAUCCGGUUCGCACGAAACAGUACGUCCCCGGGGCUCCGCCUCGCAAUGUAAACGGACGAGCGACCAGCCCGACCUCCAUAUUGGUAACAUGGGAACCCCCGCUUGCCAAUCAAUCGAACGGGAUGAUCGUGUACUACAAGCUGCAAGUCGUCGAGAGCGGACGCUCCGACUCGGAGGCGAAGAUUAUCAAACUGAAUGACACGCGAUUCGAGUUGGACGAACUGAGAAAGUGGACCGAGUACCGGAUUUGGGUAUUGGCCGGGACCAGCGUAGGUGACGGGCCCCCGAGUUACCCUAUCACGAUCAAAACUCACGAGGACGUACCGGGAGAUCCCCAGGAUGUCAAAGCUACGCCCAUCAACUCGACCGCGAUACACGUCGAAUGGAAACCACCGAAACCGAAAGAACAGAACGGCGUGAUAAGGGGUUACCAAAUACACGUGCAGGAAGUGAGGGAAGAGGGAAAGGAUCUCCUAAACGAACCGAUACGACGCGACGUGCAAGAAGACGAUGUGCUGGAAGUGACCAUUGCCGGUUUGCAACCAGACACAAAAUACUCGGUUCAAGUAACCGCCUUGACGAGAAAAGGAGACGGCAAACGUUCGACACCGGUUCACGUCAGAACACCUGGAGGUGUACCAAACAGACCUCAUGUUACCGUCAAAGUUCCGCUCAAAGAUGGCGACGAGCUCGAGCUAGAUUGGGCACAACCCACGCAAACUUUUGGCGUUCUUUCGGGCUACAGGAUAAGAUACGGAAUUAAAAAUCAGACGCUCAAAGAAGAAUUUAUCCAAGGAACGGAUCAACACACCUACAAAAUCAAGGGUCUUGAAGAACGGGGUGUAGAAUACGAAUUUAGGGUCGCUGGACAAAACGAGAUCGGAUUCGGGCAAGAGACGGUACAAUAUUGGUCCAGCCCCGAAGGAGAACCCAGCGGGCCGCCGACAAAUUUGUCGUACUUCUUUCAAACGCCUGAUACAGUAUGCGUGACGUGGGACAUGCCCCUCCGAAAGUACAGGAACGGCCAGAUAAUCGGUUACGACAUUCAAUUCAAUAAGAAAAACGACCAUUCGACGAUCAUCGACCGUAACACGACCAAGACGAGGGCUGUUUUCACGAACCUGGAAGAAAACACGGAGUACGUGUUUCACGUGAGGGCUCACACGUCGAAAGGCAGUGGCCCUUACUCGGAGAAGAUCACGAUAAUAACGGACAAAGACAUUGGCCGAGCACCGAUGUCCGUAAAAGCGGUGGCCACGUCGGAGACCAGCGUGGAGGUUUGGUGGGAGUCGGUGCCCAAUCGUGGGAAGAUCGCUGGUUAUCAAAUCUUUUACACGACUACGGCCGUGGAGGACUUGGACGAAUGGAAACAGAAGACCGUUGGUCUCACGGAAUCCGUGGAUCUCGUCAACUUGGAGAAGUUUACCCAAUACGCGAUCACGGUUGCCGCGAGAUACAACAAAGUCCCCAGCCUAGGAAGGCUCAGCGACAAGGUGACCGUGAAAGUGAAACCGGAAGACGUUCCGUUGAAUCUAAGGGCGCCUGACUCCUCCACCCACUCGAUGACUCUCUCCUGGACACCGCCUAUAAAACUGAACCCAGUCAACUAUAAAGUUUCAUUCGACGCCGUGAAAGAGUUCGUCGACUCGCAGGGCAUCACGCAGACACAAAAUGUUGCGCGCAAACAGAUCCUCUUGGAUCCCAGCGAUACGACCACCACGAUAAACGAACUGCAACCGUUCACCACGUACAACGUGAACGUAAGCGCGGUACCACGCGACGGACAAUACAGGCCGCCCGCUAAAAUUACGGUCACCACGCAAAUGGCGGCCCCGAAGCCUAUGGUCAAGCCAGACUUUUACGGGGUGGUGAACGGCGAGGAGAUCCAAGUGAUCUUGCCUCAGGCCUCCGAGGAAUACGGACCAAUUUCUCACUACUACUUGAUCGUCGUACCCGAGGACAAGUCGACGAUGGACAAGCAACCCGACGAACUGACGGAGGACAUGAUCACGGGCAAGGGCACCAAAGAGGAAAGAGCGAACGCCCCCUACAUCGCGGCCAAAUUCCCGCACAGGGACAUUCCGUACACGUUCCACUUGGGCAGCGGAGAGAUAUACGAGGGCUACGAAAAUCGGAAACUCGAGAAGAACAAACGGUACCGAAUCUUCGUGCGCGCCGUCGUCGACACGCCCAGAAAGCAUCUGUACACGUCGUCGCCCUUCUCCGAGUAUCUGUCGCUCGAUAUGAGGGAGGUACCACCCGGUGAACCACCGCGACGUCCUAACCCGAACACUCCAGUAGAUGGAAAUCCAGAGAUCAUUGCAAAAACUAACGGGCAAGAACCGGGCAUGGUGUGGGUGGUGGGUCCAAUAAUAGCGGCGUCGAUGGUCAGCGUGUUUCUGGUUCUUCUGUUUGUUAUCAAAAAACGAAGACAACCGUGCAAAGCACCCGACCAAGCAGCGGUAACUCGACCACUAAUGGCCGCCGACAUCAGUUCGAACCACGCGCCGUCCGAUCCGGUCGAAAUGCGUCGUCUGAAUUUCCAAACGCCCGGCAUGAUCUCUCAUCCACCUAUCCAUAUCAGCGAGCUAGGGAAUCACAUCGAGUGUCUAAAAGCGAACGACAAUCUAAAGUUCAGCCAGGAAUACGAGUCUAUAGAGCCCGGGCAACAGUUCACGUGGGACCACUCGAACAUGGAGAUAAACGCGUCGAAGAAUCGUUACGCGAACGUGAUCGCGUACGACCAUUCAAGGGUGAUUCUUCAGAUGAUUGACGGCAUAUCGGGCACGGACUACAUAAACGCGAACUAUUGCGACGGUUAUAGGAAACAGAACGCGUACGUGGCCACCCAGGGACCGCUUCAGGAGACUUUCGGUGACUUUUGGCGAAUGUGCUGGGAACUUCGGUCGAGCACCAUCGUGAUGAUGACGAAACUCGAGGAGAGAACGAGGAUAAAGUGCGACCAGUAUUGGCCGACCAGGGGAUCCGAGACGUACGGUCUGAUGACGGUGACGAUCACCGACGUACAAGAGCUGGCCACCUAUUGCAUCAGAACGUUUCAAGUAUCGAGGGCCGGAUACUCCGAGAGACGCGAGAUAAAGCAGCUGCAAUUCACGGCCUGGCCGGAUCACGGUGUACCCGAGCAUCCAGCUCCGUUCUUGCAAUUUCUGCGCAGAGUACGUUCCCUGAAUCCGCCCGAGAGCGGACCUCUGAUCGUCCACUGCAGCGCCGGGGUCGGUAGGACCGGCUGUUUCAUCGUCAUCGACUCGAUGCUCGAGAGGAUCAAACACGAGAAGAUGAUCGACAUAUACGGUCACGUGACCUGCCUGCGCGCCCAGAGGAACUACAUGGUACAGACCGAGGAUCAGUACAUAUUCAUUCACGACGCGCUCUACGAGGCGGUGAUUUGCGGUAACACCGAGGUGCCCGCCAGAAACCUGCACUCCCACAUCCAGAAGCUCAUGCAACCGGAGAUCGACAACAUAACCGGGAUGGAGCUGGAGUUCAAGAAGCUAUCCAAUAUCAAGGUGGACUCGUCGCGAUUCAUAUCGGCGAACCUGCCCUGCAACAAGCACAAAAACCGGCUGGUGCACAUUCUGCCGUACGAGUGCGCCAGAGUGUGCCUGCAGCCUCAGCGCAACAUCGAGGGUUCCGAUUACAUAAACGCGAGCCUGAUAGACGGUUAUCGUUACCGGGGCGCUUACAUCGCUACCCAGGGCCCUCUCUGCGACACGACGGACGACUUCUGGCGCAUGCUCUGGGAGCACAACUCCACGAUCGUCGUGAUGCUGACGAAACUGAAAGAAAUGGGUAGAGAAAAGUGCCAUCAGUACUGGCCGUCCGACAGGUCCAUUCGUUACCAAUGCUUCGUCGUCGAUCCGAUCGCGGAAUACAACAUGCCGCAAUACAUUCUGCGCGAGUUCAAAGUGACGGACGCGCGCGACGGAGCCAGCCGCACGGUCAGACAGUUUCAGUUCAUCGACUGGCCGGAACAGGGUGUACCCAAGUCUGGCGACGGAUUCAUCGACUUUAUCGGUCAGGUGCAUAAAACGAAAGAGCAGUUCGGCCAGGACGGUCCGAUCACCGUGCAUUGUAGCGCCGGCGUCGGAAGAACGGGCGUCUUUAUCACGCUCAGCAUCGUGCUGGAACGCAUGCAGUACGAGGGGGUCGUCGACAUAUUCCAGACUGUCAGAAUAUUGCGAACACAGCGUCCCGCGAUGGUUCAAACUGAGGACCAAUAUCAGUUCUGUUAUCGUGCCAGUCUGGAGUACUUGGGUUCAUUCGAUCAUUAUGCCAACUGACAACCCGAUACACGCGAGGAAAGGGAAUCCACCAGGGAUAGAAGGGAUCGUCAAAGGAGCGAGAGAGACGUCGGAGAGCGGGCAAAAGUACGACGCGUCUAGUACAAUGAAGUACAAGGAGUAUGUGUAACUAUUCAAUGAACGGGAAAUGUAGCCUAUACUAUGAUUCCGGGGCAUAACAUAACUAUACUCGUACCUUCCAUGGACAAAUACAGUAGAGACGCGAUUUUCGGCAAACUUCUUGGGCAACUAACGCGUAGGCAGCCACGAGUAUUCUUAGUAAAUGGUGUUUUGCAGCUAUCUCGGCCGUGCGGAAGACAUUUUUAAUUUUUUCGCGGUAUCGUAAGUGCUGAUAUCAAUUUUAUUCGAAUUACCGAACGACUAACGGAACAAGAAGACUGCCGUUUAGAACGUACGGCUAAAGUAAUCGUAGAAACAAUCAUAUCUGUAGAAAAUAUCCUUUUCCCGAAAGUUCUUCUACGGGUUACGGAACAAAAACAAAAAAAUACAAUUUAAAGGAUUCUAGAAAAGGAAACGAGAAGUACACGGACACGAGAGCGACUUCCGCGUUUACGAAAAUCGAUCGAGCGACGGAGACUGAUUCUUAUUAAAGAAAAUGAAAAAGAAAAAAAAAAAGGAAAAAGAAGAUCUCGAAAAAAUCGUAAUCGAAAGUUCGAUCAUUGAAACAUAUCCGACUCACGAUCAUCCGUGGACACCUUGCGAUUACAUUUUUUCCAGGUCCCUCGCAAAACUACGGUUGCUUAGAUAGUCUAGGUUUUGCUAAGCUAAGACGAACUGACGGGGAUUAACGCGAUCGUGUGCCUCGCGAUAUCAAACACGCGAAUACAAGUUCAAACUUUUCCUAUCCGUUGGAGAACAGUGCUUCCAUAUUUGUGGGAAACGUAAUGUCUGAAAGCGAACGAUCGACGCACGCGAGAGUGCGUUUUGUCUGGAAAUACAAGGAAAAAAAAACAGAAAUCGAAAAGAAAAACACAGACCGUGGCACGUUCUAAAAGUACUUAUCGAUGCGACAAAAACGAUAUUAAGAACAGAGAAAUUGCAAAAGAUCUCCGUAACAAGCGUCGAGAGAAAACCAGAGGGACACGAGUUUCCGCUCACUGACUCGAAAAUUACCAUACUGCCAAAUCGACAAUUAUUCAUGCUGAGCCCAUUACGCACGAUAGGGAUCUUCUCAUUACCUACUGUAAUUUUAAGUAGACCGUAAGCGAUUGUUCUAAGAUUAGAGUGUAAGCGAUGCCAUUAGAAGAACAAAAUGAAAAACAGGUUGGUCUGAAUGAAGGAAGAGUGAAAGGAAACGGUGCCUAUAUUCAAUUUAAAUGCACAAAAAGAGUUGUGCAGGUUUCUAUGAAAAACUAAUUUAACUAGAAGCACUGUAUGUCGGAUUUGCGUACUGUUCCCCCCCCGAGCCCUCGACGCCCUCGUGUACAAAGUUCCAUUAUAGGCUUCUAUCUCGACACUACUUUUAACGAUUUUCCCCGGUUGUUUAAAUCGACUUCGAUCAUUCCUGGCUCGGUUUAUACUAAAACUGAGACGUCUAUUUCGUAGUACAACAUACCAAAAUCAUAGUUUACGAUCGAACAGAAUUAAAACCCCGUAAAAUCGACGAGAUAUUAUAUCAUCUACUGAAACGCCAAAUCAAUGCCAAAAACGAACGUUAACGCUGAUGCAAUCGAUCCUACACGCACGCACACACACAUACAUAUACACAUACACACAGCAUAUCCUUUUUGAUAACGAUCGAAACAUUCGACGUGUAUUAAUUGUAUAUUGUAAUUCAAAGAGUUGCAAAGUUCGUAGUCUACGAAGACAAUAAACAAUAUGCUCGUUUGUAUAUCUUCUAUAUUUCGAAAAUCCUCGUCGUACCGUUCGGUAUAUAGAGUUAUUCUAUCGCUGUUCGAUACAAUAGAACGUACAAUUCUAUUUACUAAAACGUGUAAGUAUAUACGAUAACGAUUGUACUCUCCUGUAAGAAAAGGAUCCAUUUUGGUUUUUGGCAUUCGUUUGGCUUCGAUCGUUUGCUCGUACAAUACCCUGUCGCUCGGUAUAGCGUUUAAAAACAGUCAGUAUUACUUUUUUAAAUUCGACCUUUGAUAUCCUAAACUGCUAAAUCAAGCAUAAAUUUUCAUUUAAAAGUGGUUCGAGGGUCAGGAAUUGUGACUAAGUGUACAUAAAUGCACCGUCUGUCA